AAAAUGCGUUUCUCUGUCCUCGCUACCUGCGCCGGCCUGCUGCAGCUUGCCGGUGCCGCUGUCCCUGUCGGCGUCGCCAUCACCAAGUGCACUGUCGACAGGAACAUCGCCCUCACCUUCGACGAUGGUCCCUUCGCCUACACCAACGAGCUCCUCGACCAGCUCAAGAAGUACGGCUACAAGGCCACCUUCUUCAUGAACGGCGAGAACUGGGCCAACAUCAACGACUACGCUGCUACUGUCAAGCGUGUCGUCGCCGAGGGUCACCAGCUUGGUUCUCACACUUACAGCCAUCCCGACCUUGCUACCAUCAGCAACGCCAAUGUCCGAACCCAGAUGACUCGUCUGGAGGCUGAGUUUCUCAAGAUCGUUGGAAAGUGGCCCACGUACAUGCGUCCCCCUUACUUCAGCUACAACGCCAACACCCUCUCCGUUAUGAAGACUCUGGGAUACCACGUCAUCAAUGCUGAUGUCGACUCUCUUGACUGGGAGUACAACACCCCUGCUGAGACCAACACUGCUCUCAACCUCUUCAAGAAGGGUAUCACCAACGGUGGAUCCAUUGCUCUCUUCCACGAUGUCCACGAGAACACUGUCCGCAACCUCAUCCCUAAGGUCCUCGACGCCGUCAAGCGCAGCACCCGCAUUCCCGUUACUGUUGGCCAGUGCCUUGGUGACCCCGCUGCCAACUGGUACAAGACCACCAAGCGUACCAAGCGUGACUUUGAGGAUGAUGAGGAGGCUGAGGAUGAGAAGACUGUUGAUGAGCGCUCUCUGUCCGAGUACAUCGAGCGAUCUCGUUUCCGCCGCCACGCUCACCACGCUUAAGCGUCUUUUGUCUA